UUUCUUUGACUAGAAGCUGCGCCCACAACAAUGAUGGCUUCUACUUCACUUCCGGUUGGUGGUACUGGGGUCCGUGCCAGUUCAGCUUUUGUGUUCUUUGACGUAUUUCCGCCCUCACUUUGUGCACUGGCGAAAACAGUCCGAUGAGAGGCAGCUGGAGUUGUUGUCUGCAGCCGGGAGUGGCUCUUGUUUUGGGAGAUCUAGGACAUUUUGUGCCCCUCUAAGAACUUGAGUCUGAAGACAGAUGGCAGGAUGUGGAUUACAAGCCAGAUAAUUCUCAAUUAAAAGAAUACGUGGGAGGCCAGGCAUCUAACACAAGCAGACAUAUAUUGGAUGCUGAAGAUACUUUGGUGGAUGUAGCUCUUCAGGAAAAUAAAGGUGGGAGUCACCAUCCGUCAGACAGUUUUAAACAUGUUUGGGGCAUCUCAGGCUACAAAGGAUCAAUUUUUAGACAAGGCAAGGCAGGCACGUGAAGAAAGAAAAGGCCUCAAAGAACGAGAGAAGGCUGCAAUAAGAAUCCAAGCUCUUAUUAGACGAUUCCUGUGCAGAUGUCGGCUGCAGAGGGAAAUCAGACAAGAAGUGGAUGUAUUUUUAGAAGGCCUAGAAAAUGGAACAGUCAAGACCAAUGCUCUUUCUAUUUUUCGAACAGCUCGUAAACUGUUGGUAAUAUUCCGUAAACAGGCGGACAGAAUGAGAUUUGAAAAACUUUGUCGUUGUAUUCUUAACAGUAUGGAGUGUGAGAAUGAGCCCAAGGUGUGGUUUGUGUCUCUUGCACUGUCCAAAGACCUUACUCUUUUGUGGAUAAAACAAAUUAAAGACAUCUUAUGGAUAUGCUGUGAGUUUCUGAAGACAUUAAAACCGGACAUCAUGCAGGACUCCAAGCUGAUCACUGUCUACCUCACCAUGCUUGUCAACUUCACAGACACCUCUACCUGGAAGAUAUUUAGAGGGAAAGGGGAAAGCUUGAGACCAGCAAUGAACCAUAUCUGUGCAAACAUAAUGGGUCACCUCAAUCAGAAAGGCUUUUACUCAGUGUUACAGAUCCUUCUCACAAAUGGCCUGGCACGAUCACGCCCAUCUCUCUCCAAAGCCACGUUAACGGCCUUAUUUUCCCUAGCAUUGCGUCCUGUAGUGGUUGCUCAGUUUUCUGACAAUCUUCUCCGCUCAUUCCUGAUCCACAUAAUGUCAGUUCCAGCUCUGAUUGCGCACCUCUCUAGCCUCACUCCAGAUCGGAUGGCUGUAGUAGAAUCGAAUGGACUCUUUCAUAAAUUCAUUUUGUUCCUGAGUCGAGAAGAGCAGUGCAGAGAUGUAUGUGUUUGUCUGGAAGGAAGCCACACGCUGUGCUUGCUAGGUAACCUCAUUCACCUUGGACACCUUACCGAGAAGGUGCUGGAAGAAGAAACGGGUCACUUUGUCAGUGUCCUCACUCAGAUGUUAUCAUACUGUCAGCAGUAUGUAUCGCAGAAGAAAUCUAAUCUCACACACUGGCACCCUGUGCUUGGCUGGUUUUCUCAGACUGUUGAUUAUGGUCUCAAUGAGUCCAUGCCUUUACUUACCAAGCAGCUUCAGCACUUGUGGGGUGUCCAUAUGAUCCGCAUCUUGUUUCGGGAAGUUCUUAGCAAGAAGCUUGCUGAAAAUCAUGAGAUGUCUAUUGUGGCCACUCCAAGCUCAUCCCCGCAGAACAAUCUGCCCAUGAAAAACCUAUUUAAACGGGCAUUUCAGAAAUCUGCCUCUGUCCGCCACAUCCUGAAACCCGUUGGAGGCAAAAGAGUAGAUUCACAAGAAGUCCAAAAAGUGUGCAAUAUUUGUGUUCUUUACCAGACUGUACUUACUACUCUCACACAAAUCCGGCUACAGAUCCUCACUGGUCUUACUUAUCUGGAUGAUCUGCUACCAAAGCUGUGGGCGUUCAUUUGUGAGUUGGGACCACAAGGAGGACUGAAACUCUUUCUCGAGUGUUUAAGUAAUGAUACGGAGGAGUCCCGCAGACUGUUGGCUAUGCUGGUUCUCUUCUGUGAUUGUUCCAGACACUUAAUUACGAUUUUGGAUGACAUUGAGGUUUACGAAGAGCAGAUCUCCUUCAAAGUGGAAGAACUUGUUACUAUCUCUUCUUUUCUCAACUCCUUCGUAUUCAAGAUGGUAUGGGAUGGAAUCCUUGAGAAUGCAAAUGGAGAAACCCUGGAGCUUUUUCAUUCAGUGCAUGGCUGGCUGAUGGUUCUGUAUGAAAGAGAUUGCCGUAGAAGAUUUGCUCCAGAGGAACACUGGCUGCGAAAGGAUCUGAAACCUGCUGUGCUUUUCCAAGAACUGGACAAAGAGAGAAAGAGAGCCCAGCUCUUGCUUCAGUACAUCCCUCAUGUUAUCCCGCACAAAAAUAGAGUACUUUUGUUCAGAAAUAUAGUAACUAAAGAAAAGGAGAAGCUGGGUUUGGUGGAAACUACCACAGCCUCUCCACAUGUUACUCACAUCACUAUAAGAAGAUCACGUAUGUUGGAGGAUGGUUAUGACCAGCUGAGGCAGUUGUCACAAAAUGCCAUGAAAGGUGUCAUCAGAGUAAAAUUUGUCAAUGACCUUGGGGUUGAUGAAGCUGGAAUAGACCAAGAUGGAGUUUUUAAGGAAUUUUUGGAAGAAAUUAUAAAGAAGGUGUUUGAUCCAGCACUAAAUCUGUUUAAGACUACAUGCACUGGAGAUAGAUUAUACCCAUCUCCUACUUCAUAUAUCCAUGAAAACUACCUCCAGUUGUUUGAGUUUGUAGGGAAGAUGCUGGGAAAGGCAGUGUAUGAGGGUAUUGUUGUAGAUGUCCCCUUUGCGUCAUUCUUCUUGAGUCAGCUGCUAGGGCAUCAUCACAGCAUAUUUUAUAGCUCAGUGGAUGAGCUACCUUCACUGGAUUCUGAGUUCUAUAAGAACCUAACAUCCAUCAAGCGUUAUGAUGGUGAUAUUAGUGAUCUGGGCCUCACACUUUCAUAUGAUGAAGAUGUAAUGGGACAGCUGGUGUGUCAUGAACUGGUCCCGGGAGGCAAAUCGAUUACUGUUAUUAAUGAGAACAAGAUAAGUUACAUCCACCUCAUGGCUCACUUCCGAAUGCACACUCAGAUUAAAAACCAAACAGCUGCACUAAUAAGCGGCUUUCGUUCCAUCAUCCGGCCAGAGUGGAUACGCAUGUUUUCUGCUCCAGAACUGCAGCGCCUUAUAUCGGGGGACAAUGCUGAGAUUGACCUGGAUGAUCUAAAGAAGCACACGGUAUACUAUGGCGGGUUCCAUGGCAGUCACAGAGUCAUUAUUUGGCUAUGGGAUAUUCUGGCCAAUGACUUUACCUCUGACGAAAAAGCCAUGUUUCUAAAGUUUAUCACAAGUUGUUCCCGCCCUCCUCUGCUUGGCUUUGCCUACCUCAAACCACCAUUUUCCAUUCGCUGUGUAGAAGUAUCAGAUGAUCAGGAUACUGGGGACACCUUGGGCAGUGUACUGCGUGGCUUCUUUACUAUUAGGAAACGAGAGCCAGGGGGUCGUCUGCCCACUUCUUCGACAUGCUUCAACCUUCUAAAACUUCCAAACUACAGCAAGAAAGCGAUCCUGAGAGAGAAGCUCCGCUAUGCUAUCAGCAUGAACACUGGCUUUGAAUUGUCUUAGCACUAGUUUUUUGGACUUGAUUCUUAAUAUUGUUUUUUUUAACGGAAUGGAUUCUCCGCCUUGCGGCAGCACAGUGUAUUCUGUAUUUGCUGUGGUGUAAAGGCAUAGGUGUCAGAAUCACACUAUUUUAAAUAUGCAGUUUACGUAUAUUGCAUGAUUUAAGCCCUCAGGUUGCAGACACUGGAGUUUAUCUAUGAAUGUGUCUGAAAGCAGAACUAUAUGUGUUGACCCUAGCCACCUAGCCUCCAGAUCCUUUCCUACAUAGGCCGUACCACAAUGGAAUAGGGCAGCUGUAUUCCUAUAGGUUACUAUGGCCAGCACAGCUCUUCUUUGGGAUGCUUGCUAAAUAACUCCCAAAGCAUUUCAUUUAUAAAAUGAGCACAAAACUUCCCUAUUACAAAUCUGUAACUUUCCUCUACAGUGUUGAAGAUUAGGAUGUAUUUUUUAAAGCCCAGAUGUAGCCAAAAGGUUUUUUCUUUAUUUAUUUUGAACUGUGUGAACCCUGGUUAGGUUUUUAAUGUUGAAAAAAUUGCCCCCUCACUUUUUGUCCUUGUCCACACAGUAAGUGAUGCAACUAACCCCAAAUGGGAUCACAGAUUGUAGAUUUAAACCAAGUCUACUCUACUAAAGCCAAGUGCAUAAUUGCACUCUAAUCCCUGUCGGAGAGAUUCUCCUCACAUCCUGUCCUGACACUUCCACACAGGAAGUUAGGAGAAAUCCUCUGAUAGCAAAGAUUCUAACCCUUUUUCAGUCUAUCAAUGACAAACAAAUAAAACUACAAUCAUAAGCCAUAAGAAGAGCUGCCUAGCUGCAUCUUGAAUUUGUUAUUAGAUGCAGUGUUUGGCAAAAAGAAAAUGUAAAAAUCACAAAGAUGUUAGCUUGUUGUAAAGCUGGGCUGUCAUGUAAGGACUUCUGCAUACCUUUCUGACAAUGCUGGUGUGCAAGUAUUAUCCUUUGUAGGAAAUACUGUAUAUAUGAACUAAAGCAAAGCAGACAUACCCAGAAAUCACUGGAAGUGAUUAGUUAUCAAUGGAUAGAAAAUGGAGGUACUGGGAGUUCUAAGGAUGGUACAGGAACUCGUGAAGCUCACGUCAAGGCAAGGAAAUAACAAGUGGAUGUAACAUCAUCUUACUGUAUAUACAUUUACUGAUAAGUAUUAUUUUAAACUAUUUAUUGAUAUUUCAGUAAAUGGAAUGGAGCUGGCUCCCUCCUUUCAGUAGUAGUGUGGGCUUUAUUUUGUUACUGUAGAAAUAUGUAUUUCUCACUGUUAUAAAAAUGUUCACAAUGUUCAUCCAUGUAAUCGCCACUGCAGAGUAAUGCCCAUCUAUUUUGUCUUAUAUUUUAUUUGCCAUUUCAAUUUUUUCUUCUAUCAUCAAGAAAGGCAAGUCUC